CGAGGCUCUGGAUCCUUCCUCAGUGGCCUUCGUUCUGGUAUCAUAUUGCGCAUCCUUCAUCGAUACUCGUUGAAACUGUGAGUCGCAAUUAGCGCACUGGAAAUUCAACAAUCCGUUACUGAUCCAGAGUGCGGGUCCAUGUGAGUGCUAUUAGCAGCUUCGGUAUUAGGUUUAAUCGAGAGGUUACUGUGAAUCGGUCGUGUUUCUGUGGAGGCGGUUAAGUCCAGUUUUUUCGAGUAUCCGUGGUUGCCAAAGUCGAUUCCUUCAGAGCAGAGGACGAAAUGGCAGACGUCAACUUGGCUUCUCCCGAGAUCGAAACCUUCGCUUUCCAGGCGGAGAUCAAUCAGUUGUUGAGUUUGAUUAUCAACACUUUCUACAGUAACAAGGAGAUAUUCUUGAGAGAACUCAUCAGCAACUCUUCUGAUGCCUUGGACAAGAUUAGGUUUGAGUCCCUAACCGACAAGAGCAAGAUGGAUGGGCAGCCCGAGCUGUUCAUUCAUAUUGUUCCCGACAAGGCCAACAACACCCUUAGCAUCAUCGACAGUGGUAUCGGUAUGACGAAGGCUGACAUGGUUAACAACCUGGGAACCAUUGCGCGGUCGGGGACCAAGGAGUUCAUGGAAGCCCUGACCGCCGGUGCCGACGUUAGCAUGAUAGGGCAGUUCGGUGUGGGUUUCUACUCUGCAUACCUGGUUGCGGAGAAGGUGGUGGUGACAUCGAAACACAACGAUGAUGAGCAGUACAUCUGGGAGUCACAGGCCGGGGGGUCGUUCACGAUCACUCGUGACACGAGCGGGGAGCAGCUGGGACGUGGAACGCACAUCAAGCUGUACCUGAAGGAGGACCAGCUGGAGUACCUGGAAGAGAGGAGGCUGAAGGACCUGGUAAAGAAGCACUCGGAGUUUAUCAGCUACCCGAUCUCGCUGUGGUCGGAGAAGACGACGGAGAAGGAGGUGUCGGACGACGAGGAGGACGAGGAGAAGAAGGAGGAAGAGGAGGGGAAGAUCGAGGAGGUGGACGAGGAGAAGGAGAAGGAGAAGGAGAAGAAGAAGAAGAAGGUGAAGGAGGUGUCGCACGAGUGGGCGCUGAUGAACAAGCAGAAGCCGAUCUGGAUGCGGAAGCCGGAGGACGUGACGAAGGAGGAGUACGCGGCGUUCUACAAGAGUUUGUCGAACGACUGGGAGGAGCACCUGGCGGUGAAGCACUUUUCGGUGGAGGGGCAGUUGGAGUUCAAGUCGGUGCUGUUCGUGCCGAAGAGGGCGCCGUUCGACCUGUUCGAUUCGCGGAAGAAGCAGAACAACAUCAAGCUGUACGUGCGGAGGGUGUUCAUCAUGGACAACUGCGAGGAGCUGAUACCGGAGUACCUGGGGUUCGUGAAGGGAGUGGUGGACUCGGAGGAUCUGCCGCUGAACAUAUCUCGGGAGACGUUGCAGCAGAGCAAGAUUCUGAAGGUGAUCCGGAAGAAUUUGGUGAAGAAGUGCAUGGAGAUGUUCGCGGAGGUGGCGGAGAACAAGGAGGACUACCAGAAGUUUUACGAGGCGUUCGCGAAGAACUUGAAGCUGGGGAUCCACGAGGACAGCCAGAACAGGUCGAAGCUGGCGGACCUGUUGAGGUACCACUCGACGAAGAGCGGGGAGGAGAUGACGAGCCUGAAGGACUACGUGACGCGGAUGAAGGAGGGGCAGAAGGACAUCUACUACAUCACGGGAGAGAGCAAGAAGGCGGUGGAGAACUCACCGUUUUUGGAGAAGCUGAAGAGGAGGGGGUACGAGGUGCUGUACAUGGUGGACGCGAUCGACGAGUAUGCGGUGGGACAACUGAAGGAGUACGACGGGAAGAAGCUGGUGUCGGCGACAAAGGAGGGGUUGGUGUUGGAAGAGACGGAGGAGGAGAAGAAGAAGAAGGAGGAGACGAAGGCGCGGUUCGAGCCGCUGUGCAAGGCGGUGAAGGACAUAUUGGGGGACAAGGUGGAGAAGGUGGUGGUGUCGGACAGGAUCGUGGACUCGCCGUGCGUGCUGGUGACGGGCGAGUACGGAUGGUCGGCGAACAUGGAGAGGAUCAUGAAGGCGCAGGCGCUGCGCGACAGCAGCAUGUCGAGCUACAUGUCGUCGAAGAAGACGAUGGAGAUCAACCCUGACAACCAGAUCAUGGAGGAGUUGAGGAAGAGAGCGGAGGUGGACAAGAACGACAAGAGCGUGAAGGACUUGGUGCUGUUGCUGUUCGAGACGGCGAUGUUGACAUCAGGGUUCAGCUUGGAGGAGCCGAACACGUUCGGGAACAGAAUCCAUAGGAUGCUGAAGUUGGGACUGAGCAUCGACGACGAUGUCACGGAAGCCGAUGCAGACAUGCCACCACUGGAGGCUGAUGCCGAGGAGGAGGGCUCCAAGAUGGAGGAAGUAGACUAAACCCACUCCAGUUGAGGUGACAUGAUUAUGUGACAGAAUUUUUGGCGAUCCUCUUAGAACGUAGACGUUAGAAUAUUUUUUGAAAUUCCGUUACAUGUACGGAACAAAUGCCUGGAUCAAGUACGUCGGUGUUUCUUUUCAUGCACCGGUUUGAUCUGAUGAAGAUUGAAUUUGUAAACAAUAGUUUUAUUCAUCUCUUUAUGUGAUCCAACACAUCUAAUGACAUUUGCAGACUUUUAGGCUGCAUUGAACUUCCACCUGAA